AUGGCUGAAGAGGAGGACUUCUACGUGCGUUACUACGUGGGUCACAAGGGCAAGUUCGGGCAUGAGUUCCUGGAGUUUGAGUUCAGGCCAGACGGUCGACUGCGCUAUGCAAACAACUCCAAUUACAAGAACGACGUGAUGAUCCGAAAGGAGGCACAUGUAACACAAGCAGUCAUGAAGGAGCUCAGGAAGAUGAUCGAGGAUUCUGAGAUCCUGAAAGAAGACGACAACCACUGGCCAGCGCCAGAUCGCAUCGGUCGGCAAGAGCUGGAGGUUGUGUGUGGAAAAGAGCACAUCUCCUUCACCACAUCCAAGAUCGGAUCUCUCGCAGAUGUCCAGGCCUCAAAGGAUCCAGAAGGCCUCCGAGUCUUCUAUUACCUCGUGCAGGAUCUGAAGUGCUUCGUGUUCAGCCUCAUCGGCCUCCACUUCAGGAUCAAGCCGGUCUGA